AUGGCGAAGUGCGAGCAUAACUUCUGGAUAGAGCUGGUAAAGCACAAGGCUGUGCCGCAGCUAAAAAGUGCGUCCAGGCUUGCGCGGCUGGUUGGAGAGCUGCCCGAACCAGCGGCGCAAUCGCCGCAGAUGGUAUUUUUCAUGGGUCGUAAACUAAAAGACCAAGCACUGCGGCAAUUGUGCCGCAGCAAUUACCGUGGGCAGUCUCGCCACAGGCGAUCCAUCACGCUGCGCUCUGACAAUCGCACGUUACAUACCCGGCAGCCUCGCUUUUUCGCCGAUUGUGAUCCUACCAAUCGCGUGCUGCCAACAGCCAUUGACAGUGUGUAUCACUGCCAUGAAGAGCGUGUUUACCCGUUGGAAUUGCCUGCGGUGGAAUAUUCCUUACACGAUAUUAUCAUGUCACGAUUGCUUUUCCUUGUAGUGGAUGUGAUCUGCAUAUUUGCGGACGAUGUUGGUGGCUUGGAAGGUGUCCGACAACUUCUGUCUACUUGGAUAAAUAUUGGAUCUUCUUCCUCCCUUCCACAUACGGUUAGACCCAGGGUCAUCGUUGUAACCAGCAGCCAGACCGAAAGUAUCACUCACAGCCUGCUGGACGAAGAAGACUUUAUCUUCCAACUUCUCCAUGUAGGUAAGCUACAGUUUUUCUCAGCUUUCGGGGAUAUACAAAUCUCUCGACUGCCUGCCGAAGAACUUUCCCCUGAUGCUCGUUAUAUAACGCUUGGUGGAGAUAUAUCCCGCCAACUCCAGAUUGCUAAGAACGAUCGUGACUAUCAUGGUGUUCUGUUUUCCGGAAAACAUCUAAAUGCGUUCUUUGAGCUUGCCCUGCAGCAUGCAACAGCGCAGUUGCUUCGUCCAUUUAAUUUCAUACUGGCUGCGCGUCAGAAGAACCCCAUCGACGGGGCCUUUACAUCUCACCUUAUCAAUUUCCUGAAGUUGGGAAACCAGACACGGGCACCAUAUGAUGAAAUGGCGUCCUAUGUCGCCUCUGCUAUAUUGAUGGAUGCCUACCCCCCCGGGAUGCAUGGGUUUAAUCCUGCAGAUGUCUUCCACAAACUUUACGGAGACACCACUGAUGCCCUCGCGACUCUGCAGUGCACCCGAAUAAAAGGACAUCUAACUAUGCUGUUUGACAGGAUGGUGGAAACCUUGAAACCAUCGUCGGAGAUUCAUAAACAUAAUCUGGCGCAGCAGCAAAAGUAUUGGCGCUGGACAAGGUCAAAUGUUACCUGUCUAUUCUGCCUUCGGCGCUACCCCGAGCACACCCAGGUGUGUGGCCACGCGAUAUGUGACACAUGCACAGAGAUAUUUGGAGAGCCAGCGCCACAUAGUGAAGCCGAGUACCUUAUUCGGGACUGUAUAUUGUGUGGCACCUUGAAACAUCUCACUAUUCGGCUUGCACCGCCAACCGCCGCGCCGCGGGUAUUGAGUAUUGACGGUGGGGGACCUCGCGGUAUCAUUCCGUUGGAAAAUCUGGAGAUACUGCAAGAGAUUCUUGGACCUGAGAUCCCCUUGGUCGAUAUGUUUGAACUAAAAGCUGGAACCAGUGCCGGGGGUAUCAUAGUUCUUAGCUGGACUAUUCUCCGCCUUUCCAUCUCGCAGUGCAAGAAAAUGUUUCAAUCACUGACAAAAAGCGCACUAUCUCCAAAGUGCAAGAAAGGGUUGCUCAGCCGAUGGCUGUCCGAUGAGACUUACGAUAGUCAGGUGUUUGAGAACAUACUAAAGGAGCACUACGGGCCAACACGGCGGCUUUUUGACCCACCACCAUCGUUAGUAUGUUCUGGAAAGGUCGUGGUCACAGCAAGUUCGAUUAGUGACGGGGCACCAUUCAUUUUCACCAAUUACAAUGGUGCAGCUCCUCAUCGAGCAGAGCCAGUUUGUGGUAGACUGCGGCCGAAUGUCGACGAUGAGCCUUUUAUUUGGCAGGUUGCGCGUGCUACCUCUGCUGCUCCACCUUUAUUUUCUACGAUUGAUCUACCCGGCAUCGGAACAUUUCAAGAUGGCGGUAUGGGGCGCCACAACAACCCUGUUAACCUAGCGUUGUCAGAGUCAAAGCACUUGUGGCCUAGUUCCCCCGGCCCUGAUGUUGUUAUUACCCUUGGAACUGCGUCUGAAACAAGGCCCUCACGGCCAUCAAGUUUUCGGAAUAUUGUCGUGGAUGGGUGGGUUCCUCGCGUGUACCGCUCUCUAAGGGCGAGCUUUGACGGCCGUACUACAUGGAAGGAACUAGAGGACCGUUUGGACACAGGAUCCCUCGAUAAUUUCUUUAGGUUCGAUGUGAGCCUUCCGAAUGAGCUGCCUGCAAUGGACAAUACCAAGUGUAUGGAGCACUUGUCCCGUCAAGCACGAAAGGAAACAAAUGAGUGUUACGAUAUCAGAGCCUCGGCAUUAGCCUUGCUUGGAUCAUGCUUUUUCUUUAAGCUAGAAGCUAUGCCAGAUUAUCGAGAUGGUCUUUUCCUUUGUAGGGGAACGAUUCGAUGUCGUGCAAGCGCACGACCUCUCCUGAACCGCCUACUAGAGAUGGAGCCGAACACACGGGGAUUCUAUAAGGACAAUCUGGAGUUAGGCCUUCCUUUAUCAGCUGAUGAUAUAUGUGCUACGUGUCAUCGAUACUGUUUACCAGUUCGGUUCUUGGUUCGAGAUCUCUACGAAAAGUUUUCUCUGUCUCUACGACUUGAAGGAACGGCUCGUCGAUUGAGCGCUUUCCCAAAUACAAUACAGUGGUUCAUAGAUCAACAAAGACUUGAUUGCCCUUUUGGAUCAGCAAACCACAAUAUACCAUUUCAAAUGGAGUGUCCGGAUUGCAGUACUCAUGCCUUGGAAAAAGGUAGAAAGAGGAAGUAUAUCGAGAUUUAA